GCAUCGUCCGAGAGGCGAGGAGAGCGCAGCCUCUGUUGCUGCUGCUGCUGCUGCUUUUGCAGAGAGCGGGGCCGGAGUCUGUCGAAGGCAAAGGCAGCCUACCCCCGUCCUCCGUCCCUUGGCUUUGCAGAGCCCCUCCGAGGAGAAGCGGAGCGGAUCGAGGAAGGAGGAGAAGAUGCAGAGGCGGAGGCGCCGUCCCUCUUGAAGGACCAAAGGGCUCCAUCCAGCAACCGAGGCUCAGCAGCAGGAAGAGAAACCUUGUGGGGGCAACCUUUUGGCGACCCCCGGGCCCUUGGUCCUCCCGAUCCCCCUUCUCCCCCUCUCCCUCCCUCCCUCCCUCCCCCCAACAGGUUGCUUGGGAUCCGAGGAGGAGGAGGAGGAGGAGAGGCUGGAGAAGAUGCUGCGCCAAGGCUCCCAGAGAUGAGGGACCUGUUGGCCGGCUGAGCCCCCUGCUCCUCGGAGCCCCCUUGGGCCCUUCUCUCCCGGCUGGGCCCCUGGAGGAAGGCGAUCCUCGGCCCUGGGGCCCCAGCCUCUCGGCUGCCUCUCCUUCGGGGGCCCUUCUUGUUCUUUUCCGAGGGAGGCCAGAGCAGCAUGCCUGGGGCUCCCCCGGCCUGAGGAGCCUGCAGGGUGGCGGCCAUGGCAGCAGCCAUCGCCAGCUCCCUCAUCCGCCAGAAGCGCCAAGCCCGCGAGCGCGAGAAGGCCAACGCUGGCGGCAAGUGCGGGGUCAGCAGCCCCAGCAAGAGCAAGACCUCCUGCGCCGACAAGAAGAAGCUCAGCGUCUUCUCCCGGGUCAAGCUCUUCGGAUCCAAGAAGAGGCGACGGAGGAAACCAGAACCACAGCUUAAAGGCAUUGUAACAAAACUGUACAGCCGGCAAGGGUAUCACUUGCAGUUGCAAGCUGAUGGAACUAUCGAUGGAACCAAAGAGGAAGAGAGUACCUACACUUUGUUUAACCUCAUACCUGUGGGAUUACGAGUGGUGGCCAUUCAGGGCGUUCAGACAAAAUUGUACUUAGCAAUGAACAGCGAAGGAUACUUGUACACAUCGGAACAUUUCACACCAGAAUGCAAGUUCAAAGAAUCCGUUUUUGAAAACUACUAUGUCACUUACUCCUCCAUGAUCUACAGACAACAGCAGUCAGGAAGAGGCUGGUAUUUGGGCCUUAACAAAGAAGGCGAAAUCAUGAAAGGCAACCACGUCAAGAAAAACAAGCCCGCCGCACAUUUCCUUCCCAAACCAUUAAAAGUGGCCAUGUACAAAGAACCCUCCCUCCACGAUCUCACAGAAUUUUCACGGUCCGGCAGUGGAACGCCCACAAAAAGCAGAAGCGUCUCCGGAGUGCUAAACGGUGGGAAAUCCAUGAGCCAACACGAAUCGACGUAGCCAGCGUUGGAGAGCGAGCGGAGAGACGUAUUGAUGGAACCUUAGCUCUGGAAUCACAGUCGAGAACCCUAACUUAGCCGUCUACCCACCCAACCGUUCCGUGUCCCAGGCAAACGCCAAGGAACUGGCCUGAGUCGCAUUGUCUUAUCAGCCAUGUUAGACCUCUUGGUUGUUCAAAAAUAACAUUAUUCUUUUGUAUUGUUUUGGUUGCUUUUUUCCUUUUUCAAAGGAGACAUCCCAGUAGCAUAGAUUGUGCUUGUGCGAUCUCACAAGGAGAGCCAGGCAUCCUUGCGUUGUGGCAUAAAAACAGUGGAGAAGAACUAUUUUAUCUCCCUCCUUCCAUCUUUUUUCUUUUUUAACUUUAUUCAGAAGCAAAGCAAAUACAAAAAGACAACAUAUAGGAAACCUUUUCAUAGCUGGUGUGAAUUUGCUUCCUAUCUGAGAGACUGAAAGACCAUUUUCUCUUUCUUUCCUCUUCAGGGGGAAAUUUCGUGCUCAGUAUUUUAUAUAUAUCUAGCAUCAGAGGGGCAAAAAAAAAAAAAAGGAACGUAGAACCUUUUCUGUUUUGUUUCUCGGCUUCCCAUUUUAUAUCUCUUUAAAUCUUGCUAGGCAGAACAAACCCAAAUGCAUUUCCCCCCCCCCCUUUGGAACAGGGCAGAUGUUUGAGUUAUUAACUCCAAUGGGUCUUCUUCAGAGAUGUGUCUUUGCAAGCAAAAUGAUGCUACUAGCAGUAGGUUAUUUGGGGGAAGGGGAUUCAGGUUUGGAGCUGAACCUCUGGCUCCAGCCAAAAAGUGUUCUUGUGGUUUUGAAAAAAAACAACACUGAAAUAUAUACAGUUUUUUUUUAAGAAAUAGAUUUGUAAUAUCCUGUUUCGAGUCGUUGUGCCGACCCCAAGUCUGUAGGAACUGAGGUGUUACAUUAAACCCCAGUCAGUGGAAGAUGAUGUUUUGUUUUCGUUGUUUUAUUUUUAAAAGGGGGAUCAUGUCAUCCCCACUCUGUCAACUUUUUCCCCUUCCCCUCUUCUCUCUCCUAAUGAUGUUUUGUGUAUCCUAUUAAAAGCAACCACAACCCUGUUGUCGUGGCUUCUUUUUUCUAAAGACAGAAACUGUGGAUCUAAGGUGACUUAACCAUCCGAUUUGUAAAAAUGAACAAAUGUAUCCUUCUUUUUUUUUAAAUUUACAUAAAUUUGGAUAGGAGGAGCUUUAAACACACUCAUUGCUAAAAGGAUAUAUAUAUUCUUAUGGAAAGGGAAAAACAUCCAGUCCCUUCUAUGCACAGAAAGGUAGUGGGAUGGUAGAAAGAUGCUAAAUCUGCUGUUAGGCCUACCUAGAGUAGACCCACUGCAAUCAAUAGGAACUCUGACUAAUAAGUCCCCAUUCCUUUCAAUGACUUUCUUUUAUGUAGGACAACAUUGGUUUUUUUGCUCGUCUUCCAUUGAGGAGGAUACAUUCAGGGAACUGAAUAUGGCAGCAUAGGGAUGCAAACCUUCAGCUAUUUCAUCCUUGAACACAGGGAGCAAUGAUUUCCGUAGUUUUCUCCCCGUCGCAGGAGAAAACAAAUAUCUCUGUGCCAUUUUCACACGGCAUUCACACAUUUCCAAAGUGUUUUGUGAAAUAAUUCUGUGCAGAAAUACACCUCGGUUUGUUUAUAGUCAAAAAAUGUCAGUUUUUUUGCACUCACACAAACAGUGGCUGAAGUCCUACUUCAGAUAUUACAAAGUGUAACUUUGCAAUGAUGGAGCUAUGUCACUGACAUGAUAUGCAACCAUGCUAGUUAACUGCAAUGAGGCACAAGGAACCGCUGCACAAGAUGCCCUGUUGUGGAACGCAGACUUUGCUCACACAACAGCACACAUUGAACAUUGGGGCACAUUCUGCAGAGGAACCUGUGCCCAAUGGCCAUACUGUUGGCUCUACCUGCACAUUGGCCUCUGUGUCCCACCUGAGCAUACAGACAUUGCACAGCAACACAAUUUAACUUUCCAUAGUGGUAAAAUUCAAAGAUAUAGCCAUGUUAAUCUGUAGAAUCAGUAUGUAGAGAGUUCUUGUAGCACCUUUGGGACUCACUGAAAGAGGUUGGCAGCAUGAGCUUUCAUAGGCUUCAGUAAAAGCAUCUGAGGAAGUAGACUGAAGUCUACAAAAGCUCAUGCCGCCAACUUCUUUCUUUCAGUUAGUCUCAAAGGUGCUACAAGAUCUCUCUGCACAGAAUUUAACUUUGUGCAAUUGUAAGUCAGUUUGCAAUGAAAAAAAACAGGUCCCCACAAACAGGGUGUUGUUGUUUUUUCAUUCUUCAGAAACUCACGUGGUUUUCCUGUGCAAAAAAAAUUAAUAAUUUUUGCACCCAAAACAGCAUAUGUUUUUGGAGGGUGUGGAGAGGAGGUUGUACAACAUCCACAUAUUCAUGCAGGGGUGGACCCAUAUUGUAUUUUUGCACAGAAUUACUUCCCCCAAAAAACUUUUGGAUGUAUAAAUACAGGGCAAAAACUGCCAAUUUUUUCACUUUUGUGUUAUUCUUCCCAACCAUGCUUCCCAAGUGCUGGGAAACCCAUUUUUCAGCUGGGAGAUGAAUAAUGGAAAAUAUUUAAUGCCUUCACCAGUUACAACGCCCCUGAUUUGGAGAUAGCCUGGUAAAGGAACUGGAUGGGGUGCAAUCUUGUAUCGUCUUCCCUUCCCUUUGACCCUGCUCUGCUGCCUCCAGGAAGGUUCAAUUUGCCUUGCCCAUCUACCUUUCCUUAAAGCAAAAUAAAACAAAAUCUUCCGUUAAGAGUUUCAUUUACUUCCUCAUAUCCGUUGCAUGGGAGAAAGUUGGAAUCUUGGCUUAAGAAUUGCAUGACGUGAAGACUUUUUGUGCAUUGCUCAUUGUUGGCCUCUGUUACGGAGCUGUACAAAGCUGACAUGGUUUGGUGAGAGCUGUUUCCUGCUGCUCUGUAUGAAGGAGACAUUUAUUAUUUGUUGUAUACAACCAUGCACUGAAUAAACUAAUUUAUAUUAUGAUGUACUUUUUAAAAAAAGGCAA